GGUAUUCUAUGAUUGGAACUUUCCUUGUUCUUAUGUAUGCGUUUGACUCAUUAAUUAAUUUUUUGCCGUUUCUAUUAACGAGCUAAUUUAAGAUGCGAACGCUUAAAUUAGCGAACUAGCGUAAGUCUAAUGUUCGGAAAUAAAUCUUUUUGCGGACUGUACUCGGAAAGUGUGGUUAAAUGGCGAUAGAAAAUGCUUAAACAAGUGUAAAAGAAAUGGAAUCGCCUCCGUCGAGCUCAAGUUGGUCUCAGGCUUUUAUUCUGAGCGACGACAGCGGCUUAUUACUCACCAACGGGUCAGCGUCGAGUUGGAGCACCAGUUUUGAGAGUCGCAGCGAUAAAAGACAUUUUCACUUUGAGGACAGUGACUGUGAGGAGAAAUCUUUGUCCCAAGAUGAUUCGCUGGACGGUAUGUCUGAUAUCAUGUGCGGCGAAAAUUUCAACACUUUAAAGAAGGGUCCCCACUGGACCGAAGUCAAACAGUCUACUUCGCCCAUAGAUCCGCCGCCCGAGUUCCAGGAUAACCCCAAGUACCCUUUGAUCGAAUUAUUCUGCAAUAAAUUGUCAUUGCAAAUACUCAUGCGGGCAAUGUUGGACUUUAGGGAAGCGCAGCUUCAAAAAUCGAUAAAUUGCCGCCGCUCACCAUUCCCGUCGCCUGUUCGUAAUUCCUACGCUAUUCCUAACCGUACUAGACACUUAUCCACGCGUCCUACUUAUUUUGUGUCCGAGUUUGUCCCGUUUAGUCCUUGCCACGCCCACCACCACACCACGCGACCCAAUUCGCGCAGCUCGCUCGGGGGUUCAUCUCGGCUGUCCUCCUCCCACAAUUCUCUCUCCCUUCCCACCACUUGCAAGGUGGAUGAUUCGACGUUCAUCACCCAGGCCGUUUCGCACGACACCCUCUCGUCGAAUCAAAUCAGCGAUCUCUACAAUGUACCUUUCGACAGCGACAUGUAUGCCGUCCCCGUAGACGUAGUUAGGCCUCCUCUCAAGCCCAGAAGGGGCGUCAUCGUCGCAGGCGGCGCUAAAAAGAGACGGAGAAACACAUCUUCCGGAUGUAGGGAGGCGGAAAUGAAAGGACAGGCGCCUGAGCCACGGAAAUCCAUACGGGAGAUCGGCAGUGGGAGGAAAAGUGUUGCCAGAUCAGAGCAGUCCCAUUGGUGUUUCCAGUCGGAAACGAAACGUCACAGUUUGGCGGGCACUUCGGCUACACACAGCACUGAACCCAUACACAUGACUCUGCAGGAGGUGAGACACUACCUGCAGACCCUAUAUUCUAGCUCAUCGGACUCGUCCGACACCAAGGAAAAUCCAUACAGACCCAAAACCAACUCGGCGCUCGUCGUUGCCAAUAAUAAGUACCACACCAGGAGUAUGGGAUGUAAUUUGAACAAUCAGCCGUCGAACCGCAAAAAGGCCACCUUCCUGAUCAACAUAAAAAAUAAAAAAGUAAAAGAUAGCUGCGAAAAUCCCAAAGCGUUGAUAUCAGCGUCCAAAAAAGAGGAGAAAAAACGCAGGCUGUUCGGUUUUAAGCAAGCCCUGUGCAAUAUUUUCCGUUUUCGACGGUUUUUGUCCAGCGAGGUAAAGACGGACAACGUAAGUCAAGGGCAGGGCGGCGGCGGCGACGAUCCACGCAACUCGCUCGGAGGUCGGGCUCUACCCCCCUUGCCUAACCACAAAGACGAGAACAUAGACCACGAAUUGGGCGCGACGCCCGAAGGAGAAGCGUUAGAUUUUGCCACCAGUAUACAGAGGGUUAAAGACUAUGGAUGGUAUUGGGGUCCGAUAUCGAGCGAAGCGGCGGAAAAGAUACUGUCCAAUGAGCCGGACGGUUCUUUCAUCGUCCGAGACAGCAGCGACGAUCAUUACAUAUUUUCACUAACCUUAAAGCUCAAUAACUGCGUGCGCCACGUCCGAAUCGAACACGACCAGGGGAAUUUCAGUUUCGGUAGUUGCACAAAGUUCAAAUCACAGACGAUCGUCGAGUUCAUCGAAAAUGCGGUCGAGCAUUCCAGGAGCGGCCGCUAUUUGUUCUUCUUGCACCGCAGGCCUGUCAUCGGCCCCGUCCGGGUGCAACUGCUCCAUCCCGUGUCCAGGUUCAAGCAGGUGCAGAGUUUACAGCACAUGUGCAGGUUCGUGAUUCACAAAAACGUCAGAAGAGAUUUGAUCCCCGACUUGCCACUGCCGCGGCGCAUGAUCGAUUACCUGAAUACCCCGCAUUAUUAUUCGGAACACUUUGUGGAUGUCCCGGAAGCGAGUAACGAAGAGGCGCCGCCUCCGUCCGAGCGAACGCCGUCGGACUUCGCCUCGACCCGCGCGAACAACGUCCGAAUAGUUAGUAAUCCUAUCGUACCUGUAAAUGACUACGUCGAACUGAAUAACAAUAGUAAUAGUAAUGGCGGCGUCGCGAACAACGUCGCGCGCGGACAAUCUUAGAUAUUACUAUGGG